UUUAAUUCUAAUUUUAUCUUUUAAAUUCUGGCUAUGCGGAAGCAUUGCUGCUCCUGAAGCUAGUAUUAGAGUCAUGCCAAAAAAUACCUAAAGAGGUAAUGAAGUCAGCCAGGGCUGUGCACCACUGUAAAUGAAGGUUGCAUCUACUGAAGCAGCCCGCUCCAGUUGGCGCCCCAGCACCUAUUGUCUUGACGUCAUCCCAAGGUUCAGUGACAUUCCCACUCCCGCUCUGCUGCAGUCCGCCUCCAUUCUACAAUAUUCGAUCCUCUUCAGCCGCUCUUCCAAAACCGAUUGUAUGAGCAGAUAAACGGAUCAGAAGUUUAUUUUAAACAUGAACCGAGCACUGGUCAGAACAUGGAGAGCCUCGUCUUCAGCGGCAGUCCGCUGUUCACCUGCUCGAUGCGAAACUCAGGCGGGAAGACAAGUGGGAGCGGCUCGAUAUUAUUACCCGAGAAUCUCACUAUGCAAUCAGAAUUCGAAGUUUUCAACCGUACCUACCAUCCGAGACAGAAACAAAAAUGUUGAAGGGCUCGGAAAUCAUACUGAUGGUGAAGAGGAGGCCACGCGCAAGGCCAUGGAAAAGGGCAUACAGAUAAAAGGCCGCCUUUUAACAACCCCAAACCGAUUGCUUAAACUUAUUUUGCCAGUCCCUUCUACCACUGGCAAAGAUGCAGUACACCGCCAAUCGUCAGAGUCCGCUAUAGAACACAGUGUCACACCUUUGGCUCUUUUGAUCCACCCAUCACAGCCUCUUUCGUAUCUCGAGCGGCUUAUACAAGCGGAGGUACCUCCGAUUCAGGUCAAAGAUAAAGAAAAGAGCCCCGAUGUAGUCUUCUUUGCCGAGGCAGACAGCGAGGCAAUGCCCGACAAGGACAACACAGAGGGGACUAACAUUGCCUCGUAUUCGGGACUGGGCCACGAAGGACCAGACAGAAAGGAGGCAAGCUGGGUAAGAUGGAGUGGAAGCACAGAAGUUGGAGACUUCAUACGCGAUGCAGCAAGAGGUCGUGAAUUUGCUGUAGAUAUUGAGGGACGCCCUGAACCGCUUCUGGUGGCGGUGCCGAGUUUCAAGGAUCGCACCCACUAUAUGCGGAUGAGACUGCGGAGAAUGUCACUGCAGAUUGAUCAGAUGUCAAAGUUAAAAACCGAAUGCGACGAGCUUGCGCAUAAAGGCGCGCACCAUUUAGCAAAGGGGGGAUUUGGAGCUCUAGUGGGCUGGUGGGGGACUGUGUUUUACGUCACGUUUUUCACCGAAAUGGGUUGGGAUAUGAUUGAACCAAUCACUUACCUUGCGGGCCUGACUACGAUCAUGGGUGGUUAUCUGUGGUUUCUAUUUAUAAGCCGUGAUCUAAGUUACAGAGCGGCUAUGAAUAUGACGGUGUCGAAGCGACAGAGUGUUUUAUAUCAAGACCGGGGCUUCAAUGUUGCCAAGUGGGAGGCACUGGCGCAAGAGGCGAAUGGAUUAAGACGGGAAGUACGAAAUAUUGCUGCCGAGUAUGAUGUGGAAUGGGAUGAGAUGAAAGAUUUGGGAGGCUGGGAAGUAAAAGAAGCAUUAGAAAAAGAAGAAAAUGGAGAAGAUGAAGACGAUGGUGAGGGUAGAAAGAAGAAGAAGAAGCAGCAGGAGAAGUCGACAAAGAGGAACCAAGAGAAGGAGGAGGAGAGACGGGAUAAGAAAGCUGACUCAUGAUCUUACUCUUACAUUUUAUAAAGAUCGUUCAUGAUAUUUCUGCUGAAUUUUCCUGGUACAUAAUAUUUACAUACAGUGGUGACGUAGCACAUGGAGAACCUUUAGCGGCCGAUCGAUCAGCGGCUUCCCGUCCCACUUGGCGGGGGAUAACAGCCGCUGUAGUUCCCGCGCUAAGUCGCUGACGAGCGUUGGACAGUUCCGGUAGCGGGAGAGAUGCGCAGCAGAGCACCUGGUUCGGAAGUCCAACUUGAUGCAAC